UGAUAACAUAGUAAUGGUAUUGUGAUACCAAAUUAUAAGUGAUGAUAAGCUAGCAGUGGUAUUGUGAUACCAAAUGAUGAUAACCUAGCAAUGGUAUUGUGAUACCAAAUGAUAAGCUAGCAGUGGUAUUGUGAUACUAUAUGAUAAGAGAGAAGUAGUAUUGUGAUACCAAAUGAUAAGAGAGCAGUGGUAUUGUGAUACCAAAUGAUAAGAGAGCAGUGGUAUUGUGAUACCAAAUGAUAAGCUAGCAGUGGUAUUGUGAUACCAUAUGAUAAGCUAGCAGUGGUAUUGUGAUACCAUAUGAUGAAUGCAUCUGGAUGCUAUAUUAAACUUUCUCACAACUGACACACCAUCCUCGUUGAUUGUUGCAUAUUUAAGUCAGUUAAUAAGUUGGAAAUUCACAAGGAGGAAUGCUCAAUGGCAAGAUAAGUUGCAAAUACAAAUUGGAUUGUUAUACUUCAGUAUAAUACAACAGCCUGCAGCUUUAUGAAGAUAAUUGCAAAUGAUAUUGUUGCAAAAUUGAAACUUCAUCAAAAUGCCAGCAAUACAAGCUGACAUAGACAUGAAGUGUGGGGAUAGACUUAUUAAGAAGACAGCCCGGAGGUACACAUUACCUGGUAGUCUCGUCCAGUUUGACUACAAAGGGGCACCACUGAAUGUCAAUAAAAAUAAAAGCCGCUGGAUUACAGUUGCAAGUAAAUGGGUGCGUAUCACCCGGAGGGGACUCGAAAGGCAACAUGGUGGUUUCAAUAGACAUUCACACCAUUUUGCGAACAAGUCACAAAGUUUGACACAACUUGAUGAUCUCCUGAGGGAUAACUUUUUUAAGCCUGAUUUUAUAAAGCCCGAGGUAAGCAUCAGGUGUUUUGAAAUGGCCAACUCUUGCACACCUUGCAAGAUGAACACUUUAAAGUAUAUUUUUUGAAAAUUACCAUUUGUACAGUUCAUUACUUUUCAAAAUUCAAGAUAGCCUAUGAACCUAAGACAGUAUAUUAUGUUAUAGACUAUUUAACAGAUCUUUCUGUUUUAUGUCACCA